AUUAAACACCGGAAUAAGGGUUGUUUUGUUUUGUAACCCGUUUAAAGAGCAGUUUUGAAGCUAAGCUAAGGUGCUAUUGUUGAAGAUGUCCCGGGUUCUGAUCGUGGGAGCUGGUCUGACCGGCAGCUUGUGCGCAUGUCUGCUGCGCAGGGCGCUGCAGGGCAGGGUGCAGGUGGUGCUGUGGGACAAGGCGAGGGGUACAGGGGGCAGGAUGUCCACCAGCCGUCCUCCAGACGCCGUGUCUCACUCCGCUGACCUGGGUGCGCAGUACAUCACAGCCACUCCUGCCUACGCUCAGUCCCACAGCAAUUUCUACGCAGAGCUGCUCUCAGCUGGCCUGCUCCAGCCCCUCACCUGUCACAUUGAAGGUCUGCAGCACAAAGAGGGAAACAAGGACUACGUAACGCCACUGGGCAUGAGCAGCUUGGUCAAACACUUUCUGUCAGAGUCAGGAGCCGAUGUGUUCCUGGAGUAUCAUGUGACUGGCCUGUACCGCCGUGGAGCAUCAUGGGAGGUGGAAAGGAAAGGAGGCAGUGAGAAGUUUGAUGCUGUUGUUCUAACCAUGCCGGUGCCUCAGAUCCUGCAGCUGCAGGGAGACCUGGGAGACCUUCUGUCCGUCCAGCAGAGAGAGCAGUUGGAGGCGGUCAGGUACUCUUCCCGCUUCGCCGUCGGACUCUUCUUCUCUCCUGAUGUUGUCUUCAGCUUUCCGUGGGGAGCGCGGUACGUCACCGACAGCAGCUGCAUCCGCUACAUCGCCGUGGACAACAAGAAGCGCAACACAGAUACUCCAGGUCUGGGUCCAUCCCUCGUCGUCCACACCAGCGUCCCGUUUGGCCUGAAGCACCUGGAGAAUGACAAGGAUGUCAUCCAGCCAAUCAUCUUGCAGGAGCUCCACAGGCUCCUCCCUGAACUACCUCAGCCAAUCAGCAUUAAGUUCCAGAAGUGGAGGUACUCCCAGGUGCAGACCUCAGUCCCAAACUGUCCGGGUCACAUGACCAUCCAGCAGCAGCCGCCGCUCAUCUGCGGCGGCGACGCCUUCACCCACUCCAACUUCGACGGCUGUGUGGACUCAGCGCUAAGUGUGGUCCGAGCUCUGGAGGCCUCGCUUGAUGUCCGGCAGAACACUGAAUGAUGACUGAGAUUAUUUACCAAAAUGUUUAAUGAAGCGAUUUAAACAGAAGUUUGUUGUUUUUCUCUGAAUAAAUGUCUUUGG